AUGACGAUCCUAUUUUCGGUCGCGUUGUCGAUGUUGGCGGCCUUGGCCUGCGCCCAGCCUCAAAACGUCCCUCCGCGCACAACUCGUGCCAUUACACUCAUUGGAGAAAACCUCUAUCUCUACGGUGGUUCGAGCAGUGGAGGCGAUUGUUAUUCCGACAUGUUCAGCCUGAACCUGAACCCUGCAGAAGGCUUUGUCGCGCCCGAAGCAAAAUGGAAUAGUAUAACCACCUCAGGAGAUACUCCUGUCCUCGGCGCUGAUUCAUGGGCUGUUGGUGCGGCGGACGGAGCAGGCUUGCUGGUCUAUGGGCAAAGCCUUUGUCCUCAAAACCUCGACAAAUCCGCUAACCCGCCACACACAUAUACUAGCUCCUCCGGAUCUGCCCUUUUCCAGAAUACGGAUGGGAAUUGGGGUCUGGUCCGUACGGGGUCUAAUAUCUUUGGUAAUCGGUCCGUUGUGAAUGAUCAGCCUGUUCCCGUCCAGGUCGUCGAUACCCAGGGCCAAGUCGUAUACACGUUCGAGUAUGACUUUUUUAACCCACAGCUUGGGAUGCAACUGUGGAGUUUCCCGACGAGUAACCUUGUGACUAACAUCGCAGAGUUUGCCAAGAACACGACGAUGCUCACAUCCUUGCCCCCAACUCCGGUCCCACUGCCUCCAACAAACGGGACCAAUACCACUGUACCCGCCCCUCCAGCGCCUGUCAAGGCGACUCUUGCACCAUGGAUCGAUGUGGGAUCCGCAGUCUUUGUCAGCGGCACAAUUGUGGUGGUUGGUGGUGGAAAGGAUGCUGGCGAGCGUUUGAAGGGCGACAAUUAUGAUGCUGCUUCUGGAUACCUCAAGAUGGACCGGUGCUGGGUGUACACCAUUGCCACAAAUGAGUGGGCCAUCCGUAACUUGACAGGAGAUGGAGGAUCCUUCCCACUCCCCCGGAGAUUGCACGCUCUGGCUGUUGUUGGAUCCAAGAUUUACAUGCAUGGAGGCAACACCACCCAAACAAUCCCAACAGACGCGUACGCAAGCGACAUGUGGAUCCUCGAUACCCAAGCCUGGACCUGGACCAUGGCGCCCAGUUCUUCCCAAGGACGUGCCCAACACACGCUUGUCUUCACCAACAACAACCUGCUCGCCGUCUCUGGAUUCCAGUUCUUGACAUCCCCUACCAAGGGUGCCCAGAAUUCGUUCCUCGGUAUCUAUGAUCUCGCCACAUCGACCUGGGGUUUUCAAUUUGGAACUGUUCACGAGACCUACUUCCAGAAGCAUGGUGCUGCGAUCAUUGGUGGGUCGAUCGCUGGGUUCUUGGUUUUGGUGGUUAUUGCUGCAGUUACAAAGCGUCUAUUGGGCAGGCGGAGGGUGCCUCGUAAAUCUGCGGGGACUAUGAUUGGUGGCGCUGCCGGUGGACCUGGGCGGAGUCGGUCCUUCAAGCCUUUCCUCGCUUCUUCCUUUAAAAACAAUGAUGCCACGGCAGGAGGAGCAGCCUCGCAGCUGUCUGGCAUUACAUUGAACAACAACAGUCAUCAGUACCAACAACAACAGCAGAAACACCAGCGUCCUUACGAGACCGAGAUUGAUCUGUCGAGCAUGCCUCGCGCCAGUGAAUCGACUGUCUACCCGACCUACAACCCAUACGACUCCACUAAGCAGCAGCAACAGGUCCCCCUGAUGAGCGCCAAUGCCCUGGAGCAACAAUGUCAUAUCAUGGACCCCUAUUCCGAUGAGGAUGUCGAAGAAAAGGACGCGCCGACCAAUCUCCAGAUGCCUGCACAUGAACAGGUCGGAUCCCCUGUGCCCGACCAAGUUUACCAAGGUCAAACGGCGGCUAUUCCGGGGCAGACUGUUGAUGUAUCGGGCGCACAUGUGCGGUCUGAGCGGGCUAUCCAUGAGGAUUCCGCAGGUUAUCUCUAA